CAUAACAUAUUCAACCAUCGAAUUGUUUGUGACCAACUGCCCCAAGUUAACUUCUCUAACACUCCUAAAUUUCAAUCUAAAUGAGGCAAUGGCCCGAAUCAUUUUUAAGGGUUUUCAUAAACUUAAGUAUAUCAAUCUCUCCAACACAGUUGGAUUCGAUGGAAGCUUUUUGAGGGUUUUGGGACAUAGAUGCAACGACAGUCCUCUCGAGACACUAAUACUGCGUAAUUGUUUUUCUCUCCAAGAGAGCGAAGUAUUGAAGUUUUUGAAUUCACUAAUCGCGGGGAACUUCAUAUCCAUUCAAUACAUUGAUGUAUCAAGCAACAAAGGUUUAGCUUGUGAUGGUGAAAGAAGAACUUCCAAACCAAACUUUCCUUUGGAAAAGCUGAAAGAAGAAAGAUCAGAUGUCACAUUUGUUGCGGAAUUUCCCUCAGAAACAAAAAGAUUGUUUUAUUUUGGCAGCUUAACGGAUGGCAACAUUUUGGACGCCAUUUAUGGAUCGGAUAAUUUAAUUUAGUUAACUAUUUGGAAAAAAACAAGAUAAAACAUUUUGAUAUCUCAAUAAUAUGCAUACUCUAAACUAAUACGUGGGUUUGGCUAAAUAGCCUGAUAUGACCGUGGUUGUUUUAGCACCA